GGCGCCUCCCACCCUCCCUGAAAGCCCCGCCCGCCCGCUCGGCCGAGACCUCGCACGCCGCAGGCCCGUUCACACCGCCCGACGAUUCGGAGAGAGUGCGAAGAAAAAUAAACCUUCGUCUGCCCGUUCUCCGUCGCCCAGCAAGGGUUGUGGAUUCCCACUGCUCUGAUUGUUGAGGAAAGUUGAGAAGAGGAAAUGUGUAGCCUGUCCAAUUCAGAAACUGAAGCACAGAUUAACUGACAGCAGCUCCCAGUGAACGAAACAUCCUGUAACACGAAUGUCGCAACAGCAGGAAGACAACCCUGUGAUAUCUUCUGAUUCACAAAGGUCACACCUUCCUCCCCCUCCACCUCCACCUCUGCCUCCGCCUCCGCCAGAAUUUUCCAACCAAUCAUCAUUACCUGCCAAAAGAUUGUACCAAGUUCUUGCCAAAGGCCAAUUGCAGCAAAGUGACCGAGAAGAACUAAAGAAGCUGUUGCAGAACCGAUCCAACAGUUUUAGUAAAGAGCUGAACUGGUUACUAAUUAAUGCACCUGUACCCUCGAUGAUCCAAGAUGGUCCACAGUGCGGCCUGGUUGCUCUCUGGAUGGCUGGACAUUUGCUGAAUGCACCUCGACCUGUGAGACUGGAGGACAUUGUGAACUGUGCCAUAGAGAAGAACUACACUGCUCAGGGAGAGAUGUUCUCAGGUGAUAAUAUGGUAAAGCUGGCAAAAGAAGUUUUUGCAUGUCACGGGGAAUUGCUCUCUGGUGGUUUAUUGGGCAGUAACAAGGCCCGAAUACUGAGUCAUCUGAAGUCUGGAUAUCCUGCGUUAAUACCCUACGAUGAAGAUUUCAACCACGAGCCCUGCCUGAGGAGAGGACACAGAGCUCACUGGGCGGUGGUGUCAGGAGCACUGCUGGGAUUGAGAUGUGAACUGUUGGAGGACAUCUAUGAGAAGGAUCCUGACAUCCCUGGUCUCUACUACCCGAAGGGAGGUGUGAGCAGAGCUUCCUACUCUGAGGACUGUGUUGUUGAGUCCCACCUGCUGGCCAAGCAAGGGAAGAGCCUGAAGUACCAGCUAUGGGAGUAUGAGCUGGUUCACAGGAGCAACACGCAGCUGACAGAAUUCAGCCCAAAGCGAGACAAUGAUGGAACGUCCUACGUUAUACCCGAGGGUGGUGUGAAGCUGGGACUUUGUGGGGUUGUGAUUCUUCUACAGCCAUUGUUCUCAGAAUCAAAGUUGACAGCUUCUAUUACUAAUAAAUAAGAAAAAACUCCCAUUGUAAUUUGCAGAUCACAUCUUUACUAUCAGGACUUUUUUUACCCCUUCACUUCCUCGGCUCUACCUUCCAAUCCUGUGCAACCCUUCUCAUGAUUUGAUUUCAUUUUUUAAACAGAGCUAUGCUACCCCCUCUGCCAACCUGCCAGUCCUUUCAAUAAAAUGCUUGGACAUUAAGAUCUCAGCUAUAAUCUUCUUUCAGCCACUAUUCAGUGAAUUCUACAUCAUACAUGCCAAUCUAUAACUGUGCUACCUUAUUCUGUAUACUGCAGACAUUCAGUGUAACACCUUCAGUCCUGUAUUCACCCUUUUUGAUUUUGUCCACCUUUUACAUUGCAACUCAUCUUGUUAACUGCAAUUUUGCCCUGUCAUUUGCUAGCAGUCUCACCACACACUACCUGUUUGUAAACCAGAUCCUUGGCACUUUUUCUCCAGUUCCCCUCUCCUUGACAAAUUAGCUUAAACACAUCCAAACUGCUCUAGCAACCCUGCCUGCAAGGACACUGGUCCCUUCGGGUUCAGCUGCAACCCAGGUACCUUCCCCAAAAAGAGAUCCCAAUGAUGCUGGAAUCUCCACCCCACAUUUAUCUGCCAGAUUAUCCUAUGCUUACUGUCACUGCUGAUGGCAUGGGCAGCAAUCCAGAAAUUACUACCCUGCAGGUCUUUCUACCCGGCUCCCUGAAAUCUCUCUUCAGGACCUCCUCACCCAUCAUUGGUGCCAACAUGUACCAAAACUUCUAGCUGUUCACCAGUGCCCUUUAGAAUGCUGUGGAUCCCAGACAUCCCCGACCCUGGCAACAUACCAUCCGAGUGUCCACAGAACCUCAUCAAGAAAGCCUCUGAUCUCAAACCUUCAUUAACUUGAAGUCAUACCCACUCUUAGGAAAUCAGAGCAUUGAGUAUAGGAGUUGGUACAAGGCCAAAUUGGUGAGGCCAAAUUUGGAGUAUUGUGUACAGUUCUGGUCACUGAAUUAUAGGAAAGAUGUCAAAAUAGAGUACAGAGGAGAUUUUCUAGAAUGUUACCUAAGUUACCGAGAAACAUUGAACAAGUUAGGUCUUUAUUCUUUGGAGUGUAGCAGGUUGAAGGGGGACUUGAUAGAGGUAUUUAAAAUUAUGAGGGGGAUAGAUAGAGUUGACAUGGAUAGGCUUUUUCCAUUGAGAGUAGGGGAGAUUCAAACAAGACAUGAAUUGAGAGUUGGGGGUAAAAGUUUAGGGAUAACAUGAGGGGGAACUUCUUUACUCAGAGUGGUAGCUGUGUGGAACGAGCUUCCAGUAUAAGUGGUAGAGGCAGGUUUGAUUUAGUCAUUUAAAAAAAAUAGGUAUAUGGACAGGAAAGGAAUGUAGGUUUAUGGGCCGAGUGCAGGUAGGUGGGACCAGGUGAGAGUAAGUGUUCGGCGCGGACUAGAAGGGCCAAGAUGGCCUGUUUCCGUGCUGUAAUUAUUAUAUGGUUAAGGCUUUGGGAGUUAACCCGGAGGGAAAAUCUGGAGCUAGAAUUCCUAACUCAACUACAUUGAAUUCAACGCUGACUGGCAAUUCCUGCAAUGUUCUAAGCCAUUUCUUUGGAUUUAUCAGCUGCAUGAAGGGGGAGCCUGCUGCAUGGGAACAGCUUGCUCUCUGUAUCAUACUGCCCUUGCUUGCAUAUACAGCUAGGAUGCAACAUCCAUGGUCAACACCAACCAAAUGAAGGCCUAAUUAGGCUAACACAUUAUGGGCCAAAGGGCCUGUACUGUUCUAUCUUCCAAGUGUAUUCACUGCUUUAAUGAAGUAAACGAGGGAGCUUCACUCAGAGCCAUGAGAUGAUGAUUGGGAUCAGGACAAGAGUGCCAUGUUGUACCCUGUUUAUCUGAAAGAGUAGAGUCCUCUGAAUACUUCAUUCAAAAGACAACUCCUCCAUUGUACAACACUCACAUGCUACUACACCAGGAAUGUCAAUUGAACAAUGCUAACUUUAUUAAUUUAACUGUAUGCAGUUUAGACAGUGUGGUUGGAGAGGGACUAUUAAUUUGUAGCUGAUAUAAUGAGGUCCAUAACACACUGCACAUACUUCAAACUUCUGCCUCAAUUAAACACUGACAUUCUCAGUUUGUGGCUCAUGAGCAUCUUGGAGAAUUAUUAUAACAGCAGAUUUAUAAUCCUUUUGAUCAAAUAUUUAACUCACACUAACACAUCUGUAUUCU